AAAAUGAGCGUCGAGUAACUUCGCUCCCAGUCCUUACUGGCAAACUCGCAGAAACUUUCAAGUUUGACCACAACCACUAUAUAUACUAACUCCUAUAUCUCACGAGAAGCACGUCCAUUCAUUUCCAAUGGAAUUCGAAACUCACAUUCCAUCCAUUAACUCCUUUUUGGACAGUACAAAUGUUGCUAAUGGCCGGAAUUGUCAGUGGACUGACUCCGCCGGAGAUGAGAUGAUGACACGUCAUACGGAAGCGGCACUGACCAUGCAGAAGGUAUACAGGAGUUAUCGCACCCGGCGUAUGUUAGCAGAUUCUGCUUUGGUUGCUGAAGAACUCUGGUGGCAAGCGAUAGAUUAUGCUAGAUUGAAUCACAGUACAAUUUCUUUCUUCGAUGUACCUGAGACGGCGGCUUCACGGUGGAAUCGUGUCAGCUUAAAUGCUUCCAAGGUUGGUAAGGGAUUGUCCAGAGAUGAAAAAGCUCAGAAAUUAGCGUUUCAGCACUGGAUUGAAGCAAUUGACCCACGCCACCGUUACGGGCAUAGCUUGCAUUUGUACUAUGAAGAGUGGUGUAAAACUGAUGCUGGUCAGCCCUUUUUCUAUUGGUUGGAUCUUGGAGAUGGCAAAAAGGUUGAUCUCAAAGAAUGUCCGAGAUCUAAGCUUCAGAAACAAAGUAUUAAGUAUCUUGGACCACAAGAGAGAGAACAUUAUGAAUAUGUAGUGGCUGAUGGGAAAAUACUGCAUAACCGAACUGGAAAUCAUCUUGAUACAACCAAUGGGUUGCCAGGGGCAAAAUGGAUUUUCGUAAUGAGCACCUCAAAGAGACUCUAUGCUGGAGUGAAGGAGAAAGGAAUAUUUCAUCAUUCCAGCUUUCUUGCUGGUGGGGCUACUUUAGCUGCUGGAAGACUAGUGGUAAAGGAUGGGGUACUUAAGUCUAUUUCAGCAUAUAGCGGGCAUUAUCGGCCAACUGAUGAUAGACUUGACAGCUUUUUAUCAGUUCUGAAGGAAAAGGGAGUCAACCUGGAUGAGGUUGAGAUAAAAAGGCCAAAAGAAGAAGAUGAGAGCUAUGAAGAGGGACAGUCAUCUGACAGUCACUCUGUGUCUGAACUUUCAACUAUAUCAGAAUCCUCUUCUCAAGUUGAUAUUCGGAAGGAAGAGGAAAAAGAUACCUCCUCAGAAUUAGUGAGAAGUCCACAAGCUGAAAAGCCAAGUAGCUAUAAGAGAACACUCUCGGGUGGUCUUGAGAGCCCGAGAGCGGAGGUGCCAAAAACUGCAAUACUGCAAAGGAUUAAUUCGAAGAAGUCAUCAAAGUCGUAUCAACUGGGUCAUCAACUCUCCCUGGCAUGGUCAACAGGUGCUGGCCCAAGGAUUGGAUGCAUUUCUGACUACCCGACUGAACUAAGGUAUCAGGCCUUGGAACUGACGAACCUCUCACCUAGACCUUGUUCUGCAUCAUCAACUCCUAGGCCAAUUGAUGCUCUUUUAUCACCUACUUGUGCCUAACCAGUUUUGUGCAAUGGUGAUGUAACGUGCUCUUGAACCAAAGUUUGUGUAAAGCCUUAGUUUCCAUAUUUCCUGCAACAAGCUGUAGUGAGUUCAAAGUAGUAGUUACUUCAUUUUGGUCUUUCUUGUUCCUGUCUUUCAACUUGCUGUUAGUUUACUUUCUGAGUUUGUACUGUUCUUGGUAGUUCCUUUAGCCCAAGGAGAAUUUUAUUAGCAAUAAUAUUGAAUGCCUCCUAUUA